GCUCCGUGUCAGGGUAUCAUUACGUGAGUACGUGUCAGUGGGGCCAGCAGCCAGAACGACCGCACCUGCGAUUUUUAUUUUCCCACUCGGCUGCAGUUCUCCUCUUUUGAUUUAUUAUUUUCGUUCUCAAUCAACCGAGGAUAUCGACAGAAGAAUGGCGGAUUUGAAAAAGUUGUCGGCCAAAAACACUUUCAGCCGAUGGGCUCGGAGGAAAACGUACGGGCUCGAGGAAGCCGAUCCCAAUGCCGGCCAUGGUCCGGCCACUUUGGCCAAAGUGCUCAACACCUUCGACUUGACGCUGCUGGGCAUUGGCAGUACGUUGGGUGUCGGCAUUUACGUUCUGGCCGGAUCCGUGGCUCUCGACACGGCUGGACCUGCUGUUUGCAUCUCCUUCAUGGUGGCCGCCAUCGCAUCCGCCUUCGCAGCCAUGUCCUAUGCCGAAUUUGGUGCAAGAGUACCGAAAGCUGGCUCAGCGUAUAUUUACACCUACGUGACGGUGGGUGAAUUCAUCGCUUUCGUCAUUGGAUGGAAUUUGAUCCUAGAAUACCUCAUUGCUACGGCUAGCGUCGCCCGAGCUUUUAGUGCCAAUCUCGACGAGUUGACCAACAACACGAUGAGUGCCGCAUUCCUGGAGACUUUCCCACUCGACUCGGAUACGCUGUCGCCUUACGUCGACUUCUUCUGCAUGGCCAUCACCUUGGCUCUGGCUGUACUUUUGGCCCUUGGAGUACGUUCAUCAGCCAUCUUCACAAACAUCUUCACUUUCGUCAACAUCACCAUUGUCAUUUUUGUAAUCAUUGGCGGUUCCAUUAAUGCUGAUCCGAAAAAUUGGAGAAUUCCGGCGGAAGAAGUACCGGAAGGUUACGGCAAAGGAGGUUUUUUCCCUUACGGGUUCUCGGGCGUAAUGGCCGGUGCGGCCAAAUGUUUCUUCGCUUUUGUCGGCUUCGAUUCUAUUGCCUCGACCGGGGAGGAGGCUAAGAACGCCAAAAAGUCCAUUCCGUUCAGCAUUAACCUGACGUUGUUGAUUGUCUUCUUCGCCUAUUUUGGAGUCUCCACCGUCAUCACACUCAUGUGGCCUUACUACCUCCAGGAUCCCAAUAUUCCGCUAGUAUACGCAUUUGAGCAGAUUGGAUGGGACAUUGCUGCCAAGACAAUCAGCUAUGGAUCCCUGUUUGGUCUGGCUGCAAGUUUGUUGGGAGCCAUGAUUCCUCUUCCCCGUGUCAUCUAUGCGAUCGCUAAGGACGGAUUAAUGUUCCGCUUCCUGGCCAAGAUAAACCCAAGAUUUCAGACACCUGUCAUCGCGACAGCAGUUUCCGGAGUUUUGGCCGCUAUUCUGGGAGCUAUCUUCAACUUGGACUCUCUCGUCGACAUGAUGAGCAUCGGUACUCUACUUGCCUACACACUGGUGGCUGUCAGUGUCCUCAUUUUGCGCUACGAAGCAGCUGAAGUGGACGCCUUGAAACGGAACGGCGAAGUGGACAAGGAAUCUCGAAUGCCAUGGCAACGGUUACCUACAAAGUCGUCGUCUAGGAAAGCUCUCUAUUCUACCAUCGUCUAUUGUAUUUUGGCCCUCGUCCUCUGUGGAAUGUUCGUUCUUUUGGAGGACAACACGAGUCCUUGGGUGCUCUUCGGAGUCGGAAUCAGUUUUGGUCCGAUGGUAAUGCUCGUCAUUUACCUGGUCAUGUUACCACGCUCUCAAGUCCCGCUGUAUUUCAAAGUUCCCGGCGUUCCAAUCGUGCCCUGCCUCUCGGUCAUCAUUAACACUUACCUCAUGUUGAAACUGAGCGCGGCCACCUGGAUUCGCUUCGGUGUUUGGAUGGCAAUCGGUUUCGCUCUUUACUUUGGCUACGGAAUGUGGAACAGCUCAGAAGAGUACGUCCGGAGAGGUAAAAUCCCGCCUGGUGGAACGUCUCCGUUGCCUGAAAAGUCGACGGAAGCGGUCGUGGAAUCCGCAGUCGUUCCAGCAGAUCCGGUCAAUCAGAAAAUGCCACUGGCUCGCAUCGUCUCGCGGGCCGUUCCCAUUACAUCGCUGGACGAUGACGACGAAGUCUUCGCCAAACCGCAGGUGCACGAGUCCCAUCAGGGCAAAGGCGACGAAUCCGACCUUUUCGUCCUGGCCAUUCUCAAAUCGCAUAUGGAAGCCCAGGAGAUUUUCGACAAGGCCCGACUGGAACGAGAGCAGGCCGCUUUCAUGGCGGCCAUUCUCCAGUCGCACGAGCUGUCCGAGCAAGUGUUCCAGCAGUUGCGAUCCGAGAAAGAGGCCGAGCAAUUGCAAGUGCAAAAGAAUAUGGUGGCCCUGGCUCAAGAGGCCGCUCGGCUCCACGAAAAUCUGGAACAAAUCUUCGCCAAGAUUGGCAAAGAAGAAGAACAGCCGGAGGCUAUUAUUGUUCCCUCUUCUCCUCGGCCAGCCGGGCCGUUGGGCGCACUCAUGGAAGAGCUGAAGACCAAAACGUCCGUCAUCGAUCCGACAGAGGUGAACGAAGACGACGUUUCGGGAGAAGUAGAGACUGCUAGCCCAUCGAUCCCAGUUCCAGAGAUUAUUACGUCUUCGCUAGAGGUUGACUCGGCAGCGCCCAGCGGAACUCCGAGGAAAACAUCAGACUCGUCCAAUUUAAUGCUUGAUGAAUUGAAGAAAGCUUUUAACGAGGCUCUCUCCGUCAAAUCGACUGAGGGGAGCGAGGAUGAAGUUUCUGCGGAAGACGUCAACAUUUCACCGAGCGCCAUCGCUCAACGCCGUGAAUCCCCUGGGCUUGUGGCUCAAAACGACUCCGGCGCGGCUGAAGCGCAUUAGCCGGAUCCCUUUAAAAAUUUGUUUGACUGAAUCCCCUUUUUUUUAUAUUUUGAAAAGAGAUGUUGUAUUUUACAUAUAAUUGAAAUUUCGAUAGCACCAUCGCAAUAUCAUACAACUCUAAAUACACAAUUUGAACCAUCA